CCGCGGCUCGGGUCAGCAGAAGGUCGUCAGUAGCUCUGCGGGUCGAAGCUCAGUAAACCCACCAAAAUGCGAGAAGCGGAGCUGCCGGUCCUCCUGCGGCUUUCAGGACACGAGUCGUGAUGGCAGUGUUACUCCUGGACCUGAGAAACGAGACUAACAGAGCGUGUGUGACAUGGCCUCAGGAUGAGUUCGGAGAGUGAGGCGCGGUCUCCCCUAGAUGACUCUGAAGUGGAGGAAAGCUUCAGAGAAGAGCUAGAGGAAGAUGACGAACCAAAAGUGUGUCAAGUGUGUGGAGACAAAGCUACUGGAUACCACUUUAAUGCCAUGACAUGUGAGGGCUGCAAGGGCUUCUUCAGGCGAGCCAUGAAGGGGCCUGCCAAAUUCCGCUGUCCGUUCCAGAACAAUUGCCUCAUCACGAAGAGCAACCGGCGCCAGUGCCAGUUCUGCCGGCUACAGAAGUGUCUCUCCAUCGGCAUGCUGAAAGAGUUGAUUAUGUCAGAUGAGGCGGUGGAGAAACGGAGGAUGCUGAUUCGGAGGAAGAAGAUGGCAGAAGAUCCUGCUGUGCUCUCAGACCAUCAAGAAUCUUUAAUUCAGGAGCUGCUAGAAGCACACAGGAAGACCUUUGACACAACCUUCUCUGACUGCCAGUUCCGGCCUUUAGACCGGGACCAGAACCCCAUGUCUGAGUACUCUCUGAAGAACUCCUGCUCCCAGAACUCUCCUAACCUCAUGGGUCCUGUGGAGCUCAGAAAACCGGUGGAGAGCUCCCUCCCUCAGGGGUCCUCUUCCUCCAGCUUCAGUAACUGUCAGGAGGCAGAGAAAAGCAGCAAGAGAGAAAAAGCGUUCACCACGCUACCUCACAUCACCGACCUCAGCACCUACAUGAUGCAGAACGUCAUUAACUACGCAAAGAUCCUCAAACCGUUCAGGGCUCUGACUAUAGAAGACCAGAUUUCGCUGCUGAAGGGUGCCAUGUUUGAGAUGGUACAGAUGCGUUUCAACAUGACAUUCAACGAAAACACUGGGAUAUGGGAGUGUGGUCCGCUGAAUUACUGCAUGGAUGAUGCAGCGCGUGCUGGUUUUCAGCCCCACCUGCUGGACCCUCUGAUGAAGUUUCAUUACACACUACGCAGACUGCACUUAGAUGAGAAGGAGUAUGUGCUGAUGCAGACGAUCUCACUCUUCUCACCGGAUCGUACAGGAGUGACACAGCACGGUGCUGUUGAUAAGUAUCAGGAGCUGCUGGCCUGCACACUGAAGAUCUAUAUUGAGUCUAAGCGAACCGGUCCAGAGAAAUAUUUGCUGUUUCCCAAGAUCAUGGCGUGCCUUACAGAAAUGAGGACUAUGAAUGAGGAAUACAACAAACAAGUGCUGCAGAUUCAGGACAUCCAGCCGGAGGUGUCUCCACUCAUGCUAGAGAUCGUCAGCCAGCACAGCUAACCCAACCCAACCUCCACUCUUCUCGCUCCUGCUGCCUCUCUCUACACCUCAAACCUCUACAGCGGAGGGUCAGGAGUUCACUUCACACUUUAUCCGUGGAUAUUCAGUCAGGGCAUUUUCAUACCUAGAUCCUCUAGAGUAGCUUUCUACCCUAAAGUGAUUGCCUUUUCCUAAUUUAUGAGUUGGACAACCUGGAGCAGCAUGAUCCAAGCCAGAUUAAGUGGGUGUGAUAAAGAACCAAUCUUUCAGUUUCAACAAAUGCUAGGUGGUUUACCCUUUUCAUGCCCCCCUGAGGAAAUCCCUACUACUAAUCUUAAAGCAGCUUUAUGUGGGAAUUGGUAUUUUUUGCUCUUGGGCUCCCUCUACAGUUAGGAAAUGGAACUGGCACAUUUUAAAAUGACAUGCUUUUCACAUGCAUUUCAGGGCAAGCUGAGAGAUACAGAACAGUUAGUGUAAGAAGGAAAAAACAUGUGGACUGUGUGGACUAUGGAGGUCAAGUAAUGUUAUAAGAUUUUGAACAAAUAUGACUUUAGGCAGAGUAAUGUAGAGUUAUGCAGUUUUCACAAACAUUGCCCUGCCCACUUCCUCAAAGUUACAUAGUGCAGUCAGCAGAAUGCCGAGCAUAGAAUGGCAAAAAUAGAGAUGCUGUUCUCCUAAUUAUCUAGUCAGUUGAGCAUUAAAACAAUUAAUAUAUUUUUUGCACUAUAAGGUGCACUUAAAACCGAGUGCAUUAGCAUUACCUGCUAACGGUUAGUUGCUAAUAAUAAUGCUACAGCCUUAGUGCUGGAGACGUUUGGGAAGCUUACUCUUUAAAUAAACAGAAGGACUUUACUCACCCAAAUAAACUACUUUUAGGAGAGAAAUAGAUUAAUGCGUAGAUUAACAUCCAGAGCUUGUUUGAUUUUAAAAUAUGGUAUUUAUUUAUUACAGUUUUGUUUACUUAGUUUAGCUUUACUUAGCUUUACUAGUUAACUACCCACCACCCAUCGGCGAAACCUGCUGAAUCAGAAGUUCCUUAUAGUGUCUCUUAAAAUGCGCCUUACAGUGCUAAAUAUACGGUAUUUUAAGGAAGAAAUGCUACAUAACGCUGCUUUAAGAGCUGUAACAUGACAUAAAGUGAAGUGUAAGACCUCAGGAGCAAAGUUAUCUACGAUUUACUACAAUUUUGCUACAAUUUUCCUUGCAAAACAGCUCAAACAACAAAAAGAGAAGCCGUUUAGAAGCAGGAGAAGGAGAAAAAACACUCUUGCGUAAUCAAGUAGGACUUUUUGAUGGCAAACUGUAUCGUAAAUUACAGAUGACGCAAAUCCCCAAGGUCAUCACUGCAGCGUGACAGGCUGUGGAUGCUGCCAAGAGUAAGAACAUGCCAAUGAAAGAAUAAAUCCUCCCACCUAUAUACUACUAUCUACCCUUCCCUUACCCAGCUAUUAGUCACUUGUUGUGUAGAUGUAGGUGAUCAGCACUUCUGAAUAGUGAGGAAAAGUAGAAAAAGAAAAAGUGGAAAAAAUGGCAAUGAAACAAGGCCACGGAGGUCAGGCUGUUCUGUUGAUUGCAGGUAAUUAGGAUAGUUCAGGUUUUAGUGGGUCGAAGGGCAACUAACUAGCAGUAAAAAAAUAAUAUGGGUCUGGCUGUGCCAAGCUGCUCCAAUUACGAACAAAUAAAGAUAAAUAUAAAAAUAAUAGAUAUCUGCCUAAAAGGCAGCCACUGCAAUUGUGCCAUGUUGAGUUUUCAGCUCAGAGAAACAUAACUGAACUAAUAGAGAAUUGCAAAAGAAUGAUCCUAAAUGGUUCUAGUUGUGAAAAUGCCUUUUGUUCGUUAGCUAGAGGGCAGAACUCGCUACAGUCAGGACUUUGUUCACUUCUAUAAACUAAAGAGGUGAAAUCUCACAGUUAGCAGUGUGCUGCCAUCUAGUGUUAAGCUUAAGAAGCUCAGCUGGACUCCAAGGAUUUACAGAUGCAUAACAUUUGCUGUCGGAACAAAAGUUAAAAAUCUUGCAUUUAAAUUUUUUUUAUCAAAUCAUUGUAGAACAAAAUACAUUUUUUUCUUUUUUUUGCUGUUUUCCUCUUUUUUGACAUAAUGUGUCUGUUGACAUAAAAUUAGUUAUUUACAUUGUGUCCAAAUAAUUUAAUGAAAGGACCAAGAGAAAUGCUCCAAUAUGACUCAAAAUAAACCAGUAUUUAAUGGACUUCCAAUGUAAAUUUAGUAGGUAAUGUAACUCUGUUUUACUUACUUCUGAGUUUGCAUUGGGUUUUUAUAUAUAAAAAACACUAUAUACAAAAAAUAUUUGAAUAGAAUAGUUAAACGUAGUUAAAAGUAAAAGAAGACCUGAUUUCCAUAUGAGGAAGUUUAUUUUGGCUACAUCUUCAGCUUCUUAUAUUUCAAUUAAGGAAAUUCAGUGAAAAUAUUAAAUUCACUGAAACAUAAGAGUUCCUUACAUGUUUCUACUCUUACAGGUUUUAUAUGUGAAUAUGCACUAGUUUUAAUAUCCUGCAUGGUCCUAACCCUGCAUGGUAUUAACCCUUUUGGCAACUAUCAAAACUCAUAAAUACUUUUCUAACCUGCUGAGAGUCUUUUCAUGCUUCUAUUCUUGUUUCUUUCCAUGCUUUUGAAUUGUUGCCCUGCUCUUUUGCCGUCUGUCCACAUAUUUUGUUUAGCAAGUGUGCCUUAAAUAAUAUAUAAUCUGCUAUGAAAUUUAUUUUUGUUUAUUUGUUUAUGGUUUUGUUCCGACAGCUAUGAUGUGCUGUAAGCUUCAUUUAUUAUUUAUUUACAGAGAAACUGGACAUCAGUAUGGAGUCUGAAGCUUUUAGCGUUUUUGUCCUAGUCUCUGUUCAGAGUAAUUCACCAGCAAUCCAACAGCUGUAGCUUAAAAUUUGACAAAUGCAACUUUAAUACAGUACUAUUGCAUUAAAAAAAAUAGAAUAUCAUUGAAAAGUUAUUUUAUUUCAGUAAUUCAGUUCAAUUUUUUUUUUAUUGUUGAUGAUUGUCUUACAGCAAAUGAAAACCCCAAAAUAAGUGUCUCAGAAAAUGUGACUAUUAUAUAAGACCAGUUGGUAUUUUUGGCAGUGUGCCAAGUCCUGCUGGAGAAUGAAAUCCGCAUCUCCAUAAAAGUUGUCAGUAGCAGAGGGAAGCAUGAAGUGCUGUAAGAUUUUGUGGGAAAACAAAACUGCACUGACUUUAGACUUGAUAAUAAAACACAGUGGAUCAACACCAGCAGAUGACAUGUCUCUCCAAACCAUCACUGAUUGGGAAACUUCACACUAGACCUCGAGCAGUUUGGACUGUGUGUCUCUCCACUCUUCCUCCAGACUCUGCUCCCUUGAUUUACAAAUGAAAUGUAAAAUUUACUGAUGAUCAGUGAUGGUAUGGAGAGACAUGUCAAUAAAAAAAUAAACCAUUGAAAUAGAUCACUCUGUGAUUAAUACAUCCAUAUAAUAUAUGAGUUUCACAUUUUGAACUGAAUUACUGAAAUAAGGUAACUUUUCAAUGAUAUUCUAUUUUUUUGAGAUGCACCUAUUUGUAUUUCAUAAAACAAGAAAAAGCUACAGUCAAAAAAAGGAAACCUGUUAGAACGCCAGCGAGUGCCUUGUAUCUGAUAUGGAAGGAAUCAGAUUAGGGGAUAUAGAUGAUCUAGUGAACACGCCCUCUAGCUAUUCAACUACACCCACACUUGCAGAAUUUCAGGGAGAUAUGAUUUUUGAACAUGAGCUACGAGUACAUCAGUG